CUCGCAAAAGGCACAUAUUCAACAGUCACCUUUGAUAAAGAUGUCUUCACUAAAGGCUCACCUAAUUCAGUGAAAGCAAUGGAAUUGAUAGUAUGGUUUUUAUUUAAAAAAUUGGACGACUCGUUGACUACGGCGAAAUUCACCUGUUGGCCAAUUCUUGAUUUACCAUCAAGUUUGCAAUUUCGGACAGUAGCGUACAAAUGGUUAGAUCAAUUGAAAAAAGAUGGAUACCUUGGAAAUACGGAUAUUGUUUUGAGACGUACAUUGUUUGAUGAAUGUCAAGGCGAAAGUCGAUGGAAAAAUUUGGCAGAGAAACUUUCGAGUCAUUUAUAUGAUGUUAUAGACCGAAAUAAUGAAUUAGAGAAACGUAUUCAUGAAUUUCAUAAGGGAAAACAUAUUAAUGGACGUGAAAAAGUGACAGUAGAACAACUUUCUUUUAAGAGAAUUAAACAACUCGAAGAUGCACGCUUUAUUUGGAAUUCAUGUUUGAGUUGGAUACGAGAAAAUCAAAAUAAUAUCGGUGAUUAUGAUACAAAUAAAUAUCGACUUAAUGGACAGGAUAUUUCAUUGCAAGUUCCGGAAAUUAUGAUGAAUAUGUGGGAAGACCAAUUCCAAAAAGAACGAAUUAGUCCUUGGCAAUGCGGAAGAUUAGAUUUAAUAUCUUUAUUGAAAUUAUGGAGGUUUGCACUUCAAACUUUGAACGAUAAAAUUACCAAACCAAAAACUAUACAACAUCAAGACCUAGAAAGUGAAUCGCUUUCGUCCACAAUUAAAAAACUAGAGGAACAUCUGAUAGAACAAAAGAGACAAAUCAAAAGCCUAUCUAUGCUCAAUAAUUCAUUAAGAAUGCGCUUAAAUGAAAUUAACGAAUCUGUUAGAUUAUUAAAAAAUGAUCAAAAAUAA